AUGAUGUAUUACGCGCGGUUUAUUCUUCCUCUUCUCCUUCUCGCACCCGUCUGUGUUCUAGGAGAUGAUCAAGUCAAUGGCUCUCUUCCCUUGCGCUCGACUAGCAUAAAAAACCUCGGUGGAAUCUACGGUUCAGUUGGCUCAUACUACAAUGCGACCGCGCAGAUCAAAUUGACGCCUCUCAUCGGCAUGUAUCCUAAUGUAUCGGUUUGCUCGAACCUUGAAGGGCGCAACAUCACUGCUGAAUUCCCGGCCAGACUCGCCGUGACAGAGAGAGGAUCGUACAAUGAGGGUCAGAACCCUGUCAAUACCCUUCUAGCUCUUUGGGCUUCGGGGUACAAUUUCUCUUCUAUGGUAGCUUGGCCGGAUGAGUUUGAAGCUGUGUAUGAUUCCGUAUGGCGUCUCGAAUCUUCACCAGCGGUCCAUUGGGUUGAUCCUGAAGAGUCCGCAGUGAUCAGCGAAGCAGGAAAUCCUCCGCCCUACCAUGAUUACUUUAAUUUGUCCUUGGAAAGCACCACACAAGCGCCAUAUAACCUCAAUGGUCAAUUCAGCAAUGCCACCAAUGUCUUUUAUGCUCUUUUCGAUCUCACUUUAAACGAGUCUUCCUGUAGCUCUGCAACAGCAACCGACGAGUAUUCCAUUUCGCUUGUCAACAGUCCCUCGGCAAACACUGAAGGAUGGAACUGGACAUCUCCCACAGUGGAGUUGCAAUUCGACAGUCGAACAGCAAAUUAUACGUUGGACGGAUAUUUUACCGCCGUAGCACAACAGUUCUCAAAUGGCACUGGUAUCUUAAAAUCGCCUUUGAAUUGGGUCCAAGGUAAAAUCCGCAUAACGUUUUCCGGCAUCAUUGACGUUUAUCAUUCGGAUGUGCUGGUGAACAACAGUGCAAUCCCGACUUGGCUACCGACAGUUGGGUUCAAUAACAACUCCAUGAACAUAGACUAUACUGAGCAGAGCCUCUCGGAGAAUCGCCUGUAUCCCAACUGCGGCUGGGUUGAAGGCACCGCUGGCUUAAGCUGUGCGGAUGUUGAGGAGACCUACUAUAUCACCGAAUCCGAAUUUGAGAGCUGGAAUCCACUUAUUGCUUCAACUGGCUCUUGCGCUCUUACUUCAGGUUUCUAUUACUGCGUGCAAAUCGACUACGAAAGUACAGGACCAACCACAUCUCUGUCCUCGUCAUCUUCAGUCACUACAUCUGUUGCUACAACAUUGUAUACAACCACGUUAGCCACGACGACUACUGGAGAUGGCAUUUCAACCCCGACGCCUUAUCAAACAGGGAUGGCAUCAAAUUGCGAUAAAUUUUAUUUAGUUGUUAGUGGUGAUCAAUGUGGUACCAUAGCGACAAGUGAAGGAAUCACCCUCGCUGAUUUCUACGCUUGGAACCCAGCAGUGGGAACGAGCUGCGAGUAUCUAGACCUAGGUGACUACGUCUGUGUUGACGUUAUUGGAUCCACGCCAACUCCUACUACUAUGAUUAUAUCAACAUCGAUGACCACUACAGGGGAUGGGAUCAUAGUCAGCGGAGAUGAGUGCGCUGCUAUUACCACCGAGUACGGCAUCUCCCUAACUGAAUUUUAUGACUGGAACCCCGCGGUUGGCACGAGUUGUGAGUACCUAGAUUUGGGUGACUAUGUCUGUGUCGACGUUAUUGGAACGACCGCAGUCGCUAGCACAACAGUAACUCCCACUAGCACCGGCAAUGGGAUCACAACGCCUACACCUUAUCAAACAGGCAUAGCCACAAAUUGUGACAACUUUCAUUUUGUCGUCAAUGGGGAUGAAUGUGCCGCUAUAGCCACAGAGUACGGCAUCUCUCUGACUCAAUUUUACGAUUGGAACCCAGCAUCCUACCGGCUCCACCUCAGUAUAUCUCAACAUGCGGUUUUCCUGGAUUUUCACACGACGCGGUCUCAACUGUACUGGUCUCUUACACAUCCGGCAGCCCUUAUGUCGAAAGCGCUGCUGCUUGUGGAGCGCAAUGCCUCGCUACAUCUGGAUGCACUAAUAUUUACUUCAUCGAAGGAAGUUAUUGCAAUCUGCAUCAAGGGGAAAGCAGUUUUCAAGAAAGCACUGCGAGUGGCUAUUAUCUGCAGUAAAGAGAUUUUGCGCAGGAAAGUAGUUAGGAAACCUCAUUUCAUUCCUUCACAAGCGUUUUUUGAUCGUCUUCCCAUGCACCUGAGAUACUGGCUCACGGCCACGUCGGUCAGCCUGGCCCCUAUAGCCAUGGCAUUCCCAUCCGAGCUUGAUCAAUAUCUAGCAAAGCAUCCCAUCUCUACCGUGACACGACUGUCUGCCGCUAGCAGUCCAACGACGCAAGUGAGUGGUGUGUUACAGUCAAACCCAGCACUUGUCCAUGCUAGUCGAAACCGUUGCCCUAUCAAUUGUGGUGAAAGUGGAAAAAAUCCUAGCAAUUGGACGGUUUACCACGGUGUCGACAGGUUGGCUUGGUGCAAUGAGACAAUGCUUCUUGACUUUGCUGUAUACAACGAAUUGGCGGAUCCUGGGACUCAUACAAAAAUUCGUGCUUGCACCGUCGAUGAGGAAGGGGAGGCAGCAACUACCUCUGUCGCUUCCUGUUCUAGCAUCUCUAAUGGUUCAAGGCAGAAAACGAAUACUACCUUACAAUCUGCUUUCAGUGGCUCGACUUCUUCCUAUAAUCCCUUCAAUCUUUCGUCAAUUUUGGCUCAGUUGGAGGCAUAUACGACACACUCGGGCAUCUGUGACUCGGUAACUAAAUUUGCAAUCUUUGAAUCUAUAUACCUAGGCGUCUAUGUUGGAACAGAGAUUCAAAGUCAAGACCUCACCACAGCCUUGCUCAAGCAGGCAGUUUCCGCAUUGCAGGACUUGUUGUCUGCUGAAACUGCUUUGGUGCAGCUCUGUGGCACGGGUCCCAACAGUGCGUACACAUUUGGAAUAUUCGCUAGUACGCAGAGUUUAGGAGACGUCCAAGAUGCAGUGCAGACAUGGACGAACGGAAGUUGCAUCACCUCUUAUACCACUACUGCUCUUGGAGAUACGGUAUCACUAGAUGUACCAAUCACAGUUCACACAGCCAGCAACAUCUCCAAUGCUACACUCAGCUCUCGCUCUUUGCAGCCUCGAGCCAAUUGUUCCACCAUUCAAGUAGUUUCUGGGGACAGCUGCUCGUCUUUGGCAGCUGAAUGCGGUAUUACUGCAGCUGAAUUUACUGAAUACAAUCCUAGCUCGACUCUGUGCUCUACCUUAACAGCAGGGGAACAUGUGUGUUGUUCAUCGGGAACCCUCCCGAACUUUGCUCCUCAGCCAUAUGCCAACGGAACCUGCGCUACGUACUUGGUCGUUUCAGGGGAUACUUGCAGUGCUCUCGCAGCCACUUACAGUCUCUCGGAAGACGAUAUAGAGAGCUACAAUGACGACACAUGGGGCUGGAUGGGCUGUUCUGAUCUACAAGUUGGUAAUAAUAUAUGUCUCAGCACAGGAUCGCCACCCAUGCCUGCACCAAUCGCCAAUGCAGUUUGUGGACCACAAGUUCCAGGUACAGUGACCGUACCUUCGGGAACCAAUCUAUCUACACUGAACGAAUGCCCACUCAACGCUUGCUGCGACAUAUGGGGUCAAUGUGGAACAACAGAUGAAUUCUGUACGAUUACCAAAUCACCGACUGACGCCCCCGGUACAGCAGCGGCGGGKACAAAUGGCUGCAUAUCCAAUUGCGGUACGAACAUCGUCGAGGGAGAUGCCCCUAGUCAAUUUAGGAAGAUUGCCUACUUCGAAGGAUUUGAUCAAACACGUCCUUGUCUAAGCAAUCCAGUGACAUCACUAUACGGUAGUGACUACACGCAUAUUGUUCUCGCAUUUGCCGGUAUUACCCCCGACUUUCAGAUUAAUGUCUCGACAAUCUCGACCCAGCUCAACGAAUUCAAGGAAUUGGAUGGUAACUUCAAGAAGAUAGUUUCCAUUGGUGGAUGGGACUUCUCAACCUCACCAUCUACUUACAAUAUAUUCAGAGAGAUAAUGGCAGAAGAAAACCAGGACGCUUUUAUUACAAGCAUAAUCUCAUUUGUGCAGGAGUACGAUCUUGACGGGAUCGAUUUUGACUGGGAAUACCCUGGAGAACCGGAUAUACCCGGUAUCCCCGCUGGAAGUGUGGCUGACGGCACGAAUUAUUUCCUCUUUCUAGUUACACUAAAAUAUGAACUCGAUAUUCAAGUACCUGGAACGACCAUCUCAAUUGCCGCACCAGCAUCUUAUUGGUACCUACAAAACUUCCCUAUCCAGGCCAUUUCAACUACAGUAGACUGGAUCAUUUUCAUGACCUACGAUCUUCAUGGCCAAUGGGACUAUGGUAAUGCCAACGCGCAACCCGGCUGCUCGGCCGGCAACUGUUUGAGAUCUGAUGUGAACUUGACUGAGACGGUCAAUGCACUUUCUAUGAUCACAAAAGCAGGAGUACCAUCGUCCCAAGUUGUUGUCGGCGUCACAAGCUAUGGAAGAAGCUUCCAAAUGACUACUGCAGGCUGUUAUACUGAGAUGUGCACGUAUACGGGUCCUGCGUCUGGAGCUUAUCCCGGGUCUUGUACAAACACCGCGGGAUACCUUGCCAACGCAGAAAUUGCAUACGCGAAUUCAACCGGGACAAAUGUUCUUCAGACCACAGAUUCUGAAAGUUACGUUGAUAUUUUGGUGUGGGAUGACACUCAAUGGGUCUCCUGGAUGUCCGAUUCAAACAAAGCGGUCCGAACAUUAUUUUAUCAGGAUCUCAAUUUUGGUGGUACGACGGACUGGGCCGUUGACCUUCAAGGAACGGCCGACACUAUUACAGGCCAGUGCAAGUCUCUGGAUCAAACUGACACAGGAUUUCCUACCUGCAUACCACUCAAUCCAGACACAGGCUGUAUUGCUGGCACUGCGGGUGAUGUCAGCUCCGAAUACGAAUUUCUCUGUGAGUUCAGCUGCCAGUAUAAUUACUGCCCGGAGCCAUUUUGCACUUGCACCCAGAAUGGGACGCUUUUAGAGCAGCCUACCGAAACCACAGGUUCCUUCUGUCCCGUCUCGACUCUAGAUAGCAGCUACCAGCCCCUUUGCUCCUUUGAUUGUGGUCUCGGAUACUGCCCAGAUGCCUAUUGUGUGACCUCAUCUGAUGAAGAAAUGUGCAUCAAUGAUCCAUACACUGGGGCGAUAUUUGUAGAGGAAUUUAACUCAGACUCGAGUUGCGCUGAGCUAAUAGGAUAUCAAACUAUGCAAACUUACUAUUGGAACGAUGUCGAUACUACCACGGCAUUCACGAAUUAUCUCAAUUCGUAUAAAGAUGACGGCGACUUUAUUGCAGAGUUUGCAGCUCAACUUCAGAUGGAAAAUGGAUUCUCAGAUUGUGGAUCUAUUAGCGAUACCUGUGAGAUUCCAGACUGUACCCUAUCCACGGCCGGUACGGGCUGGAAGUAUUGUGUUUUGGUAUCAAUUGGUAACCUGAACAAGUUGCUCGCGAAAAUCCACGAUGCGGUCCAGAAUAUGCCGGCCAACUUCAGCACACGUGCUGACACGAUUUAUUCUACAUUCMCCUGGCCCCCUGCCACAGACGAGAGCCUACUCUUGACCGAGCUCAUGACUGGAAUAAGCACUGGUAUUUCGGUACUGUCUACGCUAACCGGCGAUGAUGUUGUCGCUGCAGGCGGCGCAUUCAUAGGCGGAAUGAUCUCUGAAGGAAUGGCUGCUGCUCAGUCGAGUGCCACGACAGCAAACAACCUGUCUAUCUCUGCGUCAAAAUGGGCAGAAGGUUUCAACGACCAAAUGGACAAUAUAUGGAGCUAUACUAUCGCUAAUGGCAACGUAUCAAUGAUCUCUCUUUUUGAGAACGGCGCCUUUUUAAGAGAAGAGACGAUGCCACUUAUCAGCACUGACAACAACACAUUAGUGACCACUGAUACAAUAUCAACCGACCUGAACUACGUCUGGGAUGCUUCGAUUGUCAACACACUGUGGAACCAAAGCUCGGUUUUCCUAUACUGCUAUCCAAUGAGUGAGGAUGAAUGUAUGAUCCGUGUCAUCCUCCUUGUUUUCCCUGUGUCUCAUGAACUAAUGGACCUUCCAAUGGAAGUCAAUAGCAAUAGUGGAAAAUACCCCACGGAUCUUCAGGCCUGGGUCAGUCAGGAUUCUGGCUACGGAUGCUAUCUUCAAGGAAUUAGUGACUACAACGUUAUAUACACAUAUGGCUUKCCCCCYGGUUAUGAUCAACUCGGGGGAUAUCGAUUCACUGCUAUAGAUGUUAUUCAAAGCAGUUACGCCAGUUUUGUCAAGGGCGGUUUUAACUACCAGCCUGCCGUAGACAAUACAGUUCAAUCGGUUCUGGCAUUGUCGAGCACAGCUGUGACAAGUACUGCAAUAUACACAAUGGCAGGAACUUUUACGCUCCCUAUUUGUGACCCCUCGGGUUCAUGGUCAAUGGAUGAUUUUUACACCAAUAUGAAUUACACCGGAUACGGUUAUACAGCCAGGUGA